CUCCAACUAUGCGAUGAAGCACACUCAAGCCAACAACCACCAGAGCAGCAACAAAAACGCACGCACACCAUUAUUUCCUCUGCCUUCCAAUUUAUAAUAAUCAACAAAUAGAAAGUAAAUUAUUCCUCUAACUCUGCUCUGUCCUCCUCCUACUGUAAAAUAUCCCAAAUCAGGAUUUCUCUCUCCCCCGCUCGCUCGCUAAAACCCUAACCCCUUCUCUCUCUCUCGUCAUUUCUCUCUAUACAUUUCCAUUGCAGCAGCCGUGGAAUCGCAGAAUACGGUUAUUUUCUUACUUGGUUAAAUUUGCAUGAUCGAGAGAAGGUAAUUCAUACAGAUUGGGAUUGCAAAGGGUAAGUAUUGCAUGGGUGGUCCAGAGGACUCGGUCCUGCCUAGUGUCUUUUCCCCUAAUGGUCUCUUGCCUAAUGAAGCCAACUCCGUCACUCGAGCACUUGAGCUAGAGAGAUGGGCAGUUGCUGAGGAGAGAACUGCAGAACUUAUUGCUUGUAUUCAGCCCAAUCAACCAUCUGAGGAGCGCCGAACUGCUGUUUUAGGCUAUGUUCAGCGCCUUAUAAUGAAAUGCUUCCCCUGUCAGGUGUUCACCUUUGGGUCUGUGCCCCUCAAGACCUAUCUGCCUGAUGGAGAUAUCGAUAUAACAGUGUUUACUGAGAGCCAGGAUUUGAAGAAAACCUGGGCUGAUGAGGUGAAGGAUAUUUUACAGCACGAGGAGAAGAGUGAGAAUGCUGAAUUUCAUGUAAAAGAGGUUCAGUAUAUCCAAGCAGAGGUGAAGAUCAUAAAGUGUCUUGUGGAAAAUAUUGUAGUAGACAUAUCCUUUAACCAGCUUGGUGGUUUGUGUACCCUUUGCUUCCUCGAGGAGGUUGACCAACUGAUAAGCCAAAACCAUCUAUUCAAGCGCAGCAUUAUAUUGAUUAAAGCUUGGUGUUAUUACGAGAGCCGUAUUUUGGGUGCUCACCAUGGCCUUAUUUCAACUUAUGCUCUAGAGACAUUGGUUUUGUACAUAUUCCAUGUGUUCAAUAAUAGAUUUGCUGGGCCACUUGAGGUACUUUAUCGCUUUCUGGAGUUUUUCAGUAAAUUUGACUGGGAAAACUUUUGCAUUAGUCUAUGGGGCCCAGUUCCAAUUAAUUCACUUCCUAAUGUGACUGCUCUCUCUCCGCGCGAAGAUGGUGGACAGUUACUCCUCAGCCAAUUGUUUCUAGAAGUGUGCAGCUCGGUGUAUGCUGUCUUUCCUAGCCAGCAGGAAAAUCAGGAGCAAUCCUUCGUUUCCAAAUAUUUUAAUGUCAUUGAUCCUUUGCGUACAAAUAACAAUCUUGGCCGUAGUGUCAGUAAGGGUAACUUCUAUAGGAUUCGUAGUGCUUUUGCUUUUGGAGCUCAGCGUCUGGCCAGAUUACUUGACUGUCCAAAAGAGAAUCUACUUGCUGAAUUCAACCAGUUUUUCAUGAAUACCUGGGAUAGGCAUUGUAAAGGUCAUCGCCCUGAUGCUCCAAGUCCCGAUCACAUUGUUCAAUGGCCAAUCAAGUCAAAUAUAAUUGAUGGUUCUGAGACUUUUAGAAAUUACUCAAGCAGCAAAAAGACAAAAGAGGAUCCUUCUGGUCAUCAAUCUAAGGUUGGGGUGAUUCAUGCUGCUCAUGUAUCUGAUGGUGUUUCCUCCAAGCAUGGCAACCACAUUUUAAAACUAACAUCCACAUCUGGUGAGAUAUCAGCUAUAUCUGGAAAUCUAGGCCAGAGGAUGCAGGCCAACUUGACUAACUCCACAGACUCGGAUCAUAAUAAUCAAAAUUUAAGAUCCAAUAGUUUGAAUGAGAAUGCACAUAAUGAAAAGACAACAAGUUCCAGAACAGAGUACUUGGGGAAUGAAGGGCAUUCUCGAUAUCAGUUCGCAACGACUCAAUCCAGUCCUGAACUAAUUGUUACAUCCAGUGAAGUCCCUUCUCGAGGGAGGCGUAACAAGGCAUCAGAGACAGUAAAUGGCCAGACUGCUUCUAUGAGGUCACAAAAUAGUAGGAGGAGAAAUUUGGUUCCUGAGGUUUUGGAGAACCAUGGUGCAAGAUUUUCAACUGACGACUCACUAUCUUCAAGGCAUAGCCUAUCCCAUCAGAGCAUUGAUGUUGCUGUUGAUUCUACUAGUGCUUCAAAUAGCUAUUUUGGUGAUUCUGGUGAAGGAACCACGGAAGACCACCUUUCUCUUUCUGAAACAAUGCAGUUGCAUCAGGAAGAGCAAGAUCGUGUUAACAUGGCAUCUUUCAGUGGUUAUAGUGUCAACGAACAGGGUCAGAUGCCUGUGAAUUUAGCUUCUGGUCAACUGCCUUUUGCAAUACCACCUGCUAAUCUUGGAUAUGGUCAAAAACAAAUGACUGGUACAGUUCCCAUAAAUGCUCCUCCUUUUGAGUCCCCUUGGGUGCCGAACAUGCAUUAUCAUCCAAGUUUUAUUCCAUAUCCAUUUUCCCACUAUUUUCCAAGCAUUGGAAUGACCUUGGAUCAAGAAGUGAUGAUUGAAAAGGUUGAUGCUAAAUUGGCAUCUACAGAGUUUAGGCAAGAGGUGAGCGAUCAUGGUUUUUGGUCUAAGCCAGUUGCAGAUUCUGUAAGAAAUCAACAGAACAGAAGCUCCCAAUCUCGAUUGCAGGAGCAUAGGCAACCUUUUGCUUCUGUUGAGUCUAGCCAUGUCCAUUCAACCCAUGUAAGUACCUCCGGCAGUUUCUCACCAAGGGAUCAUGAAUUAAUUACAGAAGACAGAGAUCUGAUUAGGGAAAAUUACAGUGAGGGUGCUGAAUAUCAAAUACAUAGGGAGUCUGAUGCUUAUUCAUUGGCCAGUUUAAGAAUUGUACCCGUUUCACAAGCAUCCUCCUCAGGAAGCAAAUCUGAAGAUAAUGGUGAUGGGUCACUUUUGAGGACUCAUAAGUCAAUGAAGGGUCAGCAGGGAAAGAAAUCUUUUCCUUCUACAGAUCCACCUAUUGCAUAUGGGAUGGAUAAGAAUGAAAGGCAGCAUGGAGAUGAAUCAGCUAAUCACAUAUCUUCUCAGCCGGAUGAUGAUGACAGAGAGUUGGUUCGGCUGUCAACCUCAGGCACUGAACUGUCAGAAAGCGUGGUUUCUGGUGUUGGUGCUUCUUCACAUGUUUGGAAUCAUCAAAUACCUAGUUAUGAUCCAUCAUCAAUGAGUAGAUCAAAUUCAAUGCUUCCAGUUGCUCCAAUGUUUGUGGGUCCCGAAUCGCAUCAGAGAACUAACAUUAACCAUGGAGCACUACCUGUUGCAUUUUAUCCUGCAGGACCACCGGUGCCUUUUCUAACUACGUUUCCAUCUUACAACCUUCCAACUGAAGCAGGAACCUCAAUUGUAUCCACCAGAAAAUCUGAUAGGGACGAAGAAUUCAACAAUUCUCAAAAUAAUCACUCGAAUCAAAUUUUAGAUUCAUCUGAGAAUGUUGACCAGUCAGAGAAUUUAAAUACUUUUACAUCUGUGAAUAAUGCUUCUUCCUUAGUGCAUUCUGAACAGAGCAGAUCUGACAUUUUGAAUAGUGAUUUUGCAAGCCACUGGAAUAAUCUACAGUAUGGGCGGCUUUGCCAAUAUGCUCCAAAUAAAGAUUCCUUGCCCAUUCCAUAUCCUGUUGUGGUACCACCGAUGUACUUCCAGGGACAUUUCCCGUGGGAUGGUCCUGGAAGACCUGCAAACAUGAAUCUCUUCACUCAACAUAUGAAUGGUCCUCAUCUUAUCCCUGUAUCUCCUGUCCAGCCAGGAUCUAGUAGGCAGACGAGCUUUUAUCAACAUUAUGCAGAUGAUCUUCCUAGAUACCGUAGUGGAACUGGAACUUACCUGCCCAAUCCGAAAUUAUCUUUCAGGGAUCGACAAUCUUCCAAUACUAGAAAUCAUGGGGGAAAUUACAACUAUGACCGGAAGGACCACCAUGAUGAAAGGGAAGGAAAUUGGAACAACAACCCAAGACCACGAUCUGGUGCUCGUGGUCAAAGUCAGAACCAGGGGGAGAAGUCAUCCUUUAGGAUGGAUAGGAGUACAGCAAAUAAUCGCCGUUCUGACAGGUCAUGGAACUCAAAGCAAGAUCCUCUUCCACGAUACCAUCCCCGCAAUUCAUUUAGGUUCUCGAACUCCACGGACCGUGUUUCUACCAAUGCGGCAUAUGGCAUGUAUCCACCAGUACCAGUUGUGACUACUAGUGGAGUUUCUGCAUCUGUAGUUAUGCUUUAUCCAUAUGACCAAAAUGCAGGCUACAAUUCUCCUGAUCAGCAUCUAGAAUUUGCAGGACCAGCUCGUUUCACAGCUGAUAAGGCAUCACCACAUCUUCGUGAAGAUUCAUCAAGAGGCAUUAAUGAGCAACAAGAUACCCGAAGAGAUUCUGAUCUUUCUUCUCCAGAUCAGCCAUCCUCACCCCGGGUUCACAGGAGGGUUUGAUUACGUGGCUAGAUCAGCAUGCCAAAGAAUGAUUCAUUCACAGAAACCAGAUUUUCCUCUUGCAUAUCUGAACCAGGCAGACGAAGUGGGUGGGAUGAAGAGGAACUACACGGGUAAGCCUCACUUCACCCUGCCCCUCAGUUUGCCCCUCUCAGGGGAAGGUUGAACUUUUGGUCGCUGGUUUACAAUGUCUUAUACCAGCAUGCCUGCUGCACAUGCUUUACAGAAAGGAUAGAUACCGACUAUACCCAUUUUCAUGAAGAUCUGAAAGACGUGAUGAAGAAAUGCAAGGAAGGAGGGAGUGCACGCUGUGGUAGAUGGCAAAUUGAAAAGGUGAGAAGGUCAAGAGGAUUAUUGUUCCGAGUGCCCCCCUAAUGGUUCCUGAGAGACGAGACUCGGAGGAAUAGAUGAGAAGUACAGGUUGUGCUUUAGUUUCUUCAAUACAAACCAUGGGUUUCAACACCCAUUAGGUUUUUACAUGAAACAGUGUUAAAAAAAUGAUUAGACAGGAGAAUAUCGAAGUUGGAUCUUUUUUAGUGGCAGUUAUCUUAGAGAAGGGUUCAAACCAAUAUGCCCAGCCAACUAUUGGAAGCCAUUGGCGUUUAAUUGUCAACGUUGGGCAUCUUGAGUUGUAUGAGAUUCAGAUUCUAAUCUUGAAACGGUAAUUUCUCCUCUGAUUUAUUU